AUGUCACCACCAUCUCGAAACAAAGCGUCAGUUUUCCAAUACCAGGUCUUCGAUAAGCCCUUCCAGUACCAGACCUUCGAUCGCAUCACACUCAGACCUAUCUCGCACCCUAUCGGUAUUCCUGCUCCGCACCACGAUCGCAUCAAGUGGAGCCCAAGAUACACUGACGACUCCCUCCAGUCGGAGGACCGUGGUGGAACGGACGACGAGGCGUACACUCAUGAUGCUAAUGAUAGAGAUGAUGAGGCAGAUAGAUCACAGGGUAUGGAGGAUGAGGUCCGGGUCGAGGAUCCAGUGGACGUUGUCGUGGUGGACGAGGACGUCCAGGACCAGGAGCCUGUAGACACCACGGGGGUCGAUGAUGUCGAAGUGAUGGCGCUUGACGACGAACGCGUCGUCGUCGAUACAGAAGUAGAAGCAUCUCCCGAGUUGCUGGACGAGGCAGAUAUCAUUGAUCCGGCAGCGGAGGAGCGACUGCCUGCCAACAAUGACGACGACCAUUUCAGCCCGAGUGAAGCAGACCUUGAUGUGCAAGACAACUCAGCACCAGAACCCAUCAUCGACGUCGUUGACGAUGCUACCUUCACACCACCGGCCGAAACCGAGGCUGUCGAUGCAGAACCCGUACCCGAGGUGCUAGAGCCGGAGGCUGACGCUGUACCGGAGCCAGCGCCCGAGCCAGGUCCGCAACCAGAAGCUCCUAAGGACUCUCCUAGAGACGUCCCAAGCGAGAAGGGCCACGUCUCUUUUGCCAAGGAGCAAUCCAAGAAGUCGUCAAGGAAGGCGCCAGCCAAGAAGAAGAGCAAGAGUAAGAAGGGCAAGAAAGUGGGCGCGCUUGCUGCCAAGUUCGAGAAUCCGAUUGAGGCGGUGACGGCGCCGCCGGGCGAGGCCGAGGUCGUGCCUGAGGCGGAACCUGAAACGGUGGCGGAACCCGAGGCAGUAAAUAGAGCAGAGAUCGUCGAGGAUGUUCCUCCGCCAGACGACGAGCGUGUGACUGAGGCGGAGGACGGAACCAUAGCCGACCAAGACGUCAUAGGAGAAGUGCCCGAGGUGGUACAGCCCGAGCCACCGCCUGGGGACACCGAUGGGCCUCCAGCAGGUGAGGUAGACACUCCUGAGGAGACUGUACCUGAAGAGGCGGCAAACCCGAGCCAUGUUGACACCGAAGCCAUCGCUGCGGACCAUGUAGGCGCCCCUGCAGAUCAGGAGACGAUCUUUACGGACAGCGAUGCCAUAGAACCGAUCGUCUUGGACGAAGAGCUCGUUGAUGUGGUCGUCGAUGCAGAGCCCGCUGAGGAAGCUGCACAAGCCGAGCCCAUCGGCGAGCACAUUGAGGACACCGCAGAUCCACCGGACGAGGCUCAAGAGGUCAUGGAUGCUGUCCCAGCGGGUGACGCGGACGGGCCAGACGACAGUGUUACAUCACCGGAGGCGGAGAACUUGGCCGUGCCGCCCGAUUCGGCCGAGGAGGUUGCGACGAUGGUAGGCGUGGCCCUUGCAAACCCCGUUACAGAAGAACCUGUCGCAGACGACGAGGCAGCUGGAGAAAAUAUACCUGGAGCCUGGAAUGAUGGUCCGCCCAUGGCGGACGCACUCUCCGGGACGGCGGUGGCUGACGCAGGUACGCUGGCGGCAGACGAGGCAGGGAUCGACGAUCUGGUCACAGAAGCUGGAGGAACCGAGGCUAAAGAUCUGGGACAAAACAUCGAAGAGGAGACUGCAGGGUCGUUGGCAGAAGAGGAAGAAAGGUCCGAAGUCGUGCCUGUAGACCUGCCAGCAGAAGAGACAGUCGCCGAAACGGAGCCCACCGCCGAGGACGAAUCCGAAGGUGCCACUAAUGAGGUUGACUUAGCAGAAGUAGAAGCGCCUAUUGUGGCCGACAAUACCUGCCUGGAAGAAAUCCAAUCCGCCGGCGACGGUGGAGCUCUUGGAGGGCUACACGAGGAGUCACCCGAAGGGGCUACCCUGGAGGCUGUGGUACAGAGCGGUGAUAAUCUCGCUGGUGAGGCUGUAGCAGAAGACGUGCCAGCCGCGGUGACAGCCGAGCCGGAUCCAGCAAACGACGAGGUGGAGAGAGCCGUGGUGGGUGAUGCGGCUACCGGCCUAGACACUGAUGCCGUGGAAGGGAUUGAGCCAGUCGAGGCUGCCGCUCCGUCGCAAGUUGCAGUAAAAGACGCGACAGCCGAGCCCGAGGAGGCAGCUGAUCUCUCACCAGCCGACCAAGCUCAACCGGCUGAUCCUGCACCAGAAUCAUCGGCGGCAACCCAGGCUAUUAACGGAGGCGGCACUGACCUUGCCACCGGCGCCCUCGCCCUUACGACGGCCGCAUCAGCAGCAGCAGCACUUUCCACAACCCCCACGUCCCCCUCAAAAUCCUCCACUCGCCGCCGCCGCCACCGUCGACGGGACUCGAACCACAGCGCCCCAGACGACCUCAACGGCCACCGCACACAGCUAGUGCGGUCCCGAGAGGAAAAGGGUGCCUUUACAAAUGCUUACUCGCGCGCGAUAGACAAAGCCAAGCUUGAGGCUGAGAGGCAGGGCGAGAAGCGUGAAAGGCGGAAACGGCGGAGUGAGAAACAUGCUUAUGGUCACGAGGACAAGGAGAGCGGUCAUGUGGACAAAGCCAAGGGAAAGGAAAGGGAGCUCAGUGCAAGUGGGGACAAGCACGGUAGAAGCAAGGAAAGGAAGGUCGAUGAACGCGAAAAGACGGUGGAUACUAAUGACGAGCCUGGUAGUCCGAAACGAACCCAGCGGCCAGGACCUAGUCGACACAGCUCUGAAAGACAUGGCCCAGCGCCGUGGAGACCAAGUCUAGCUGGCGGCACGCAUAGCAGUGGCGGCGGAGGCAGCUUCAAGGAGAGUCCGAUUGCGCCGCGGCCGGGGAUUCUAAGAAGGAUUCUGACAGGUGGUAGUAGCUCUGGGCCAGGCGUUGAGCGCAGUGGGGGCCAUAGCGGCAGAUUGCUGCUUGUGAGGUUCAAUGAGGACGAUGAUAGUAAUCGUGGCGGAAAUGUCAAGGCACAGAAGCCCUCUUCUACAAGAAGCACGAGCAGUAGUGGUAAGCGCAGGGAUGUUCGCAAGGAUGAGCGUGCGGAUGCUGCGGUGAAGUCGAUCGGGAUCGAGGGCGACAAGGUCGAGCAGCAGAUGGCUGAGAGUGAGCGAGAGGAUCAGGCCCCAGUGGACGAUGCGUCGCUGGACGUGCCAGGUGGGGAACAAGCUGUUGCUGACGCUGAGCGUGAGAACGAGUUGGAAGUGCUCGACAGCGCUGCUGUAGAGGAAGAAGCAACCGUCCCUCAGGAAGCGGGCGCGGACGUCGAAGCCGUGCCUCCCCUGGACGAUACGGCAGAGGUGACCAUUACGCCACCAGGUACCUCUCCAGCAGCAGCAGAAGAAGCUCCGUCUGACAUGGGAGGCAACGAGGAAGCGAUAGCCAGGACAGAAGAGCAACGGCCACCCAGAUCGACCACAACCUCGUCGUCCACCAAAAGGACCCGUCGCCCACGCGAUCAUGACCGCACUCGGCACGACAAGAUGCCAUCUGGUAAGGGCGACCGAAGCAUACGAACCGGCAGGUUAGACCACGACCUCCGCAGAGAACAGAGGUACCAUGGCGAAGAUCGCCGCCGACGUGAGGCUGAUGUUGCGCCGAUUGUGAGGAUCGGGCGGGCGAUGCGAAUGUUGGUACGUUGA